AUGGCCGCGCCGGCGCCGGCACCGGCCUCCAUCCCCGUCCCGGACGAGCUCCUGGAGGAGAUCUUCCUCCGCGUGCCCAGCCUGAACGCGCUCGCCCUCGCCUCCGCCGCCUGCACGUCCUUCCGCCGCGUCAUCAAAGCCCGCGCCUUCGGCCGCCGCUUCCGCGCGCUGCACCGGCCUCCCCUCCUCGGCUUCAUGGACGCGGGCGGAUUCCACCCCGCCCAGGCGCCGCACCCCUCCGCCCCGCUCGCCGUCGCCGUAGCCCCCUCCGCCGCCGAUUUCUCCUUCAUCCCGGUCCCGGACGUCGUUUCUUUUUCCUCCUCCUGCGUCCCGCAGGGGGAAGGCCCCCGCUGGCGGCCCCGCGACGUCCGGGACGGCCGCGUCCUCCUCGAUUGGACCCCCCUCUACCACUGCAUCAUCAAGAGCUGGGGCUACUCCGAAGAAAGGAUCCUCAUCGGUGACUACGAAGAUGGUCCCCGGACCAAACGGGAGUUGUGCAAAGCCGCCGAGUUCCAGCUCGCAGUCUGCCAUCCCUUAUCCCGCAGAUACAUGCUGCUUCCAACCAUACCCAAGGACCUCGCCGCCCAGCCGCAAGAUCGCCUUUGGGCAUUCGAGCCCGUGCUCGCUCCCAACACCGGGGACGAUGGAGAGGAGGAGCCCUUCAAGGUGAUAUGCUUUGCAAGAUACCCGGCAAAGCUCGUCCUCUUUGUCUUUUCAUCCACAAGUAGGCAAUGGUCCAUGGUUGAGUCUCCCAGCUUCCCUUGUUUGGAAUACUUGUCAUGUUUUGACUGCGUGCGCGGCUGCUUCUACUGGACAGAACCUUAUCACUGGAGUCACCAUUUGAUGGUGCUGGACACACGCACCAUGAUGUUCUCCACUGUUGAUCUUCUCACCGGCUGCCAUAAAGAGCUCAAGGAUCUGGAUGACCAGAGCUUUCAUCGGCGGCGGCCGAAUGCAGUUGUUGCGGGUAGACUAGGAGGCGGAGCCCUUGAGAUGUUUUCUCUUGUCGGUCAACACGGGUCCUUUGCUCUCUACCACACCUCUUUGCAGAAUAAUUACCAAGAAUGGAAGCUGAAGAAGAUCGUACACCUGCCUGAGCAGUAUCAUGACUAUUCCAUUUCCACGGUGGGCGCAGCCGAGGGAUUCUUGUUCUUCCAAGGCGCUCCAGAAGGUAAUCCUAUUGAGAAUGUGGAUUGUUACUCAAUGGAGGUCAAGACUUAUGAAAUGACCAAGGUCUGUUCCAAGCUGGUGGACUUCUCCAAUCGCAAGCUUGCCCUCCCAUACUUUAGCUUCCCACCGGUGUUAUCGGAACCAACUAUUUGA